AUGCCUGAAACGCUCGUCAGCGACAACGGGACACAGUUCACGAGCAGCGAGUUCCAGCAGUUCUGCAGCGACAGUGGCAUCGAUCACGUCACCACGGCACCGUUUCAUCCACAGUCGAACGGUCAGGCUGAAAGGUUCGUGGACACGUUCAAGAGGGCGCUGAAGAAGAUCCAGGAGGGGAGGGUCGGCGUUGGAGAAGCGUUGGAUGUUUUCCUGCUGACCUACCGCACAACACCGAAUCGACAGGUCGACGAAGGUAAAUCACCGUCCGAAGCAAUGUUCGGCCGGCGCAUCAGGACAAGUCUAUACCUGCUUCGCCCUCCACCAGAGCGCCCACCGAGAGACGAAAAGGAAGGAAACCGAAGGAGCUUCUCUGCACACGAUGCCGUCUAUGCGAAGGUGUACAGCAACAACAAGUGGCGCUGGGCACCUGGAACGGUGUGUGAGAAGAUCGGCAAGGUGAUGUACACCGUCUGGGUUGAAGAUCAGCGGAUGGUUCGAGCGCAUGUUAACCAGAUGCGCAGUCGUGGCGGUAGUACACCAGGUAGCAGCAGGCUGCAGUCAGCACUGCCUCUAGACGUUCUGCUGGAUGCGUGGAGCAUUCCGAGAACUGCGCCGCCAGUCCCAACACCAUCUUUGUUCCCGACGGACCCCACGGACUCGUCAAGAGAGUUCCCACCGUUGCCACCUGUGCCGUCUGCGUCCUCGUCGGUGUCUACGUCCAUGUCCUCGUCAUCAUCGUCAUCUAUGUCUGCUACGUCAGCAUCCCCGGAGUUCGCAUCGGCAGAUAGCGAACCAAUUACUCCGGUGCAGCUUCCACGAAGGUCUUCCAGAGCUCGAAGGCCUCCGCAGUGGUUCGACCCGUACCAUCUCUAUUGA